UUUCAGGACACACUGAUUGAUGGCCUUCUGUACUUUCUCAUUGGCCCAACUUAGUGGCACCACAUUCAAGAUAAAUAUUGCCAACCUCAGUUUAGUUCCUCUCUCUCUUCAUUCAGAUCUUCCUAGCUUUCACUGCUUUCAAAAGCAAAUACGAAAGAACCUGCACUUGCACAUAGCACACCCUUCUUUUAUUUAUCCCUAUCUAUUACCAAGUCCCUUUCACUGGAUCUCAUCUCUGCUCCUUCUUUCCCCCUCGAACUGUGUGCAAAACCAAACCCGGUUCUUCAGUUGCUUCUCCUACAAGAUCUUAUCCUACCCCAGCUUAGUCCCUAAGCUGAAAAACAAAACACACACACACACACAAAAAAAAAAAAAACAUCAAAGAACAAAGAAUUUUUUUCCCCCUUGGAUAAAAAGCGACCAGUCUUUUCAGCAAUGAUUCCCCAGCUUCUCAUUCCAUCGUGACUUUACUACCUUGUUUUAUUUAUUUAUUGAUCUUUUUACGGUGACAUCUUAUUAUUAUACAUAUAAUAAUCGUGCAACAAUGGAUUCCCAUAUCCAUCAUCAUCAUCAUCAGGGUUACCAACAACAUCAGAACCAACCCUCUUCUGGGUUGCUUCGUUUUCGCUCUGCGCCAAGUUCUCUUCUUUCAAAUCUCACUCCUUUUGUGAGUGAAGACUUUGGUUCUAGCAGCUUCAGAGAGUUGCAAGGAAACAACAACAAGGGUUGUUCUAAGGAUUUGAGUUCGAUGAAUUCGCAUAAGGGAGUGUAUGGUGGGGGGUUGCCACCUCACUAUCCAAGGCAUCGUGGUUCUUCUUCCUCUGCUGCUACUUCGAGUUCUGCUAUGGAAGGGUCUUUUGGAUUGGUGGGUUCAAUGGGAAUGAAUCAUGAAACGCCGCAAAACGGGCUUGGGUCAAGUCUUCUCAGGCAUAGUACUUCCCCUGCUGGCCUUUUCUCCAACAAUAACAUUAACUUUCAAAAUGGGUUUGCCACCAUGAAAGGUGUUGGAAACUAUGGUGGGGUGAAUGGCAGUAAUGGUGAACUUAGUCCAUGCAUUAACGGAUUGAAGAAUCAGGUUAGCUUCUCACCAAGAAAUGCUUCUUCGCUCGGAAUGUUGUCGCAGAUCUCCGAAAUAGGGAAUGAAGACAUUGAGGCAACUAGUCCUGAUGAUGAUACAAGGCAUGAAGGUAAUGAUACUCAACAAUAUGGCCCUGGAUUCCCCUAUGGUUCUUGGAAUGAUACUCCACAACUCUCAGAAAAUCUCAGUGGCUUGAAAAGAGGAAGAAGUAGCAAUGAAAAGAUGUUUUCUGAUGAAAUUCAGAAUGGAGAGCUAGGAAACCAAGUUAAUAUGUUAUCACACCACUUGAGUUUACAAAAAACUUCAGCAGAGAUGAUUACUAUGAAGAAGUUGCUUCAGUUCCCUGAUUCUGUUCCUUGUAAAAUCAGAGCAAAGCGAGGCUGUGCUACUCAUCCUCGAAGCAUUGCUGAGAGGGUGAGAAGAACUCGGAUCAGUGAAAGAAUGAGAAAAUUACAAGAGCUUGUCCCAAACAUGGACAAGCAAACCAACACAGCAGACAUGUUGGACUUGGCUGUUGAAUACAUUAAAGAUCUUCAGAAACAAUUCAAGACUCUAAGUGAAAAACGGGCAAAAUGCGAGUGUACAAGCAUGCAAAAGGCAGAUACAAAUCAAAUUGCUUGACCACCUUUCUUUAUGAGCAAUACAUAGCAAAGAUGGCUUGGAUCGGGUGCUUUUAACUUUAAUGCUGAACAAGUAGAAAGAAAGAUGCUAAUAUAGGAUGCUAUUACCAGAAAUAGGAGGAUGAGAAAUAGAGUAGAAAUAAGGUGAGGAAGAUGUGUUAUUUGGAUUUUGGAUUGAUAGAAAUAGGAGAGAAAGUAGAGAAAGUUCUCUUUACAUAUUUGGAUGAGUGCUAAGGAUAGUUAAAAGAAAUAAUUCAAUCGUGCAAAGAAACUAUUUAUAACAAUAAUAAAAAUUUAAAAUUUUUACUAUAAUAUUUUUUCAUGAUAAAAGUUUUUUUAGUUUCAUAACUUUUAUAUUAUAUAAAAUGAAAAAAAUCUCUAAAUUUUGAGAAAUUUCAUGUCAACUGUGUCCUUUUCUUUUCUUUCUUCAUAUUUCCUUUUAAACUUAUUUUCUCCUUUCUAGUUUUCUCCGUGCAAUCCUCUCCUACUAAUAUACACAUAAUAUAAAAUAGAGUUUAAUGUUACAAUGAUAUAAAGUAAUCUUAUUAGUCAAUCACAAAUUAUAAUGUAAGACUGUUUAUACACAGUUUUUUUUUUCUCUCUCUGUAAAAAUAGGUGACACUGAAUCCUAGAGUUUUUAGCUUUUCACCACAAAAUCUAGGUUCUUUAAACUAAGGGUGCUUCAAUUUCGGAGUCAAUGAACCAAGUAGCAUAUUUGUAACUUUAUAUACUAGAGUUCGAAUAAAUCUUUUCCUUUUAAAGUAAA